AUGGCUUCCUUUAGCAUCAUACAUUUUAAUGAUGUUUAUAAUAUUGAGCCGUGUCCGAUGGAGCCUAUAGGGGGAGCUGCUAGGUUGUCUUGGUAUAUUAAAUCCUGUGAUGAUCCUGUUGUUUUGUUCAGUGGAGAUGUUCUUAGUCCUUCUCUCAUGAGUAUAUUUUUAAAAGGAGAACAAAUGAUACCAGUUUUAAAUGGAGUAGGAGUAAAAUGUGCUGUAUUUGGAAACCACGACUUUGAUUUUGGUGUGGAUCAUCUAGAAGAUUUAUUAGCUGAUACGUUGUUUCCAUGGCUACUGAGCAAC